CUUCUUCCAUCUCAAUGAACCUGCUGGUGGAGGGGGAAGGGUGCAUCGUCUCGGUGACAUCAUUAAUGACACCUGGGGACAUCUGGCUUCAUGGUACCUGACACCACUCAGCACAGGUGGGAGGAAGAGACACCCCUGCACCUGCAGAAGAGCAGCGCGGACCCCCUUGUGCGGUCUCUGAAGGGAAGGUGAAAAAUGGACGGUCACAACUACCAUUACUCUAGAGAGUUCUACGACCGCUAUGCUCAAGGUCAAGAGAAGUCGGUGGUGAAUAAGAUGCAGCAGAAGUACUGGAAGACCAAGCAGACGCUGAUAAAGGUUACCGGAAAGAAGGAAGAUGAGCACGUCGUGUCCUCGGACUCGGACCUCGAUGCCAAACUUGAGCUUUUCCAUUCUAUCCAGCGGACGUGUAUGGAGCUGCUGAAGGUGAUUGAGCAGUAUCAGAAGAGGAUUUGCUUUUUAUCCCAAGAAGAGAACGAACUGGGGAAAUUUCUCCGUUCCCAGGGAUCUCAGGAUAAAUCAAGGGCUGGGAAAAUUAUGCAGGCCACGGGAAAAGCUCUCUGCUUCUCUUCACAGCAGAGGCUGGCUCUGAGAAGUCCUUUAUCUCGUCUUCACCAGGAGGUGGAAACCUUCCGCUACCGAGCAAUAUCCGACUGCUGGCUGACCGUAAACAGGAUGGAGCAGGCCCGAACUGAGUAUCGUGGGGUUCUCCUGUGGAUGAAGGAUGUCUCUCAAGAACUGGACCCCGACUUAUACAAGCAGAUGGAAAAAUUUAGAAAGGUCCAGGCACAAGUGCGUCACACCAAAGCUGCAUUUGAUAGACUGAAAACCGACGUAUGUGAAAAAGUCGAUCUUCUCAGAGCCAGUAGAUGCAAUCUGUUAUCUCAUGUUCUGACUAAUUAUCAGACAACACUACUUCACUUUUGGGAGAAAACCUCACACACGAUGGCCGCCAUACAUGAAAGCUUCAAGGGAUACCAGCCAUAUGAAUUCACUACUCUUAAGAGUUUACAAGACCCGCUCGAUAAACUGUGCCGCCAGUCUAAGAAGAAAACAAAGGCCAAGGAAGCCCCUCCUGAAACGCAGGACAAUGACCAACUGAUUUCUUUAGAUGAGCAGCAGAAUGAGACCGAAUCCGUGUCAUCAGGUACAUUGGAUGAUUUGUUAGAUCUGAAACCAGAGGAGAAGUUUAACUUUGAAGAAAGUGCCACAUCCAAGGAUCCACUCGCAGAUCCCUUUGAGCCGGAUUCUCUGGAGAAGGACGAGAUGCAGCUUUUGAAUGAGAUCUUAAGUGCAUCUUCCUUGGAUAGUGGGGAACUGGGGAAGGAGUGGACGGCCAUCUUCGGGGAGCCCCUCUUCAAUGCUCAGCCUUUAAGCCCAGCAUCUCCAGAACCAGAACAGAAAGCCGAACAGUCGUCUGGUUUCCUUCCUUCACAGUUGCUGGACCAAGAAUUUGGUGGUUUCCAGGCUACACCACAUGACUGGUCAGCCAACUUCGAGGCAUCAUCCUCAUUUUCAUCAUCAUCAUCAUCAUCCUGCCUCCCACCCACUAAUCUCAAUCAGAAUUUCAACAGGACCCCGGUGAAAGAUGCAUCAAAAAGCACAAAAGAUCUUUCUAGCUGGUACAACCUCUUUGCCGACCUCGAUCCUUUAUCUAACCCUGACGCUGUGGGGAAAACCGAUAAGGAACACGAACUUCUCAAUGCCUGAUCACUGCCCUCAACAGCCGGAGGGAGCGCAGCACAUGUGCCACUGAUGAUUGCCUAGAAAUAUUCUUGUAUGUUCUCUCCGUGUAAUAAAGGAGGUAGGUGACAUCUCCGAUCGUCGCCUUUUUUGCCAAUAGCUGGACUCGCUGAUGAACUUUUAAAGGGAAACACUCCUAUUUUUCUACUGGUCAUAUCAUUAUUGCGUUUUCACUCCGCACGGAUUAGGGAUUCUCAUUUGGAUGAACAGGAUCGGUCUGUCGAGAGUAAUUUAUUGGUAUGGGGGUAAAAUGAAUUGGAGCAGAAGAUGGAUUGUCUACCCAGCAUGCACUGCUUUCAGAUCUGUGGGAGGUCCUCUUCUGUCAGGUUUAUGUAUCUCUGGGAAAGCUGGGUGACAACCAGUACUGUCACCAGUGCAGAUCCUGCAAGGGUUGUCGCCCAGCUUUACAACCGUACUGAACAGCCGCGGUUUGUAAAGCUUAAGCGAAGCGACAACCAGCAGCUUCACCAGUGCAACUCCCAUAGGAGUUGUCAGACAAUUUUGCUAGAAUUCUAAUCUGAACAACAUGUCUUGUAAAGCUGAGUGAUGACCCUCUUUGGAGCCAUAAUGGUGGCCGCCUAUAUCGCCCAGCUUUCCCAAAUACAGACAUGGCUAAGGAGAAUGUUUGACAACUUGACAAAAGAGGACAACUUAAGAACUUGGUAUAACGCGGAGGAAAUGAUUGUUACAAGCUGCCCUCAUAUAUACACUGGAAGGACGGGAGGCCAGGCGGACCAUGGGGUGGAGCUGGGGACCUCUCUCCUGGAUGCCGUCUGUCACUUUUGCUGUUUUACUUUUCUUGUUCCAUUUUCUUCAUGACAUCUUGAAGUCACUUUGCAGGAUGAAGUAUUAACCCUCUCCACACUGAGCAUGUUUUCAGCGUCAUCAAAUAAACCCUUUGUUUUGUUCUUUUUCUGCCA